AACAACGCCCCCCUUUGGGUUUGGCACCGUCUCGAGAUGGCGGAAGAAGUCGUGGGAGAAGUAGAAGCAGUAGAAUCAGUUUACGGCGAUGAUUGUUUACUCCUUCAAACUUAUCCUCCUUCUUUUCAUCUCCAUAUCAGACCUCGUACGGCUGAUGACUCUUCUCAACAGUUUGUGGAAGCAAUCAUCGGAAUCCAGGCUGGUCCAAAGUAUCCCGACGAGCCUCCUGCUAUUAGAAUUGUUGAUUCCAAGGGCCUUGAUGAACAAAGGCAUAAACAAUUGAUAAGUUGUCUUUCAGCAAGGGCUUGUGAACUCUCCUCGUGUCUAAUGCUUGUAGCACUUUGCGAGGAAGCAGUGGAGCAGCUUUCCAGCAUGAAUCACCCUGAUGGGGAGUGUCCAUUGUGCUUGUACCCAUUAGUUGAUGAAGAUGCAGGAAGCUCUGCGCCAUUUAUGAAACUGAUGUCUUGUUUUCAUUGCUUUCAUUGUGAGUGCAUCAUCAGAUGGUGGAAUUGGCUUCAACUAUUAAAAGAAUCUGAUGCCCCUACGGACUCUGGUUCUGCUUCGUCUUCUAGGAACAGGGAUCAGGAUGAAGAAGAUGUGGGGAAGUGCCCGGUUUGUCGCAAGUCUUUUCUAGCGAAGGACAUUGAGCACGUGCUAGACUUCGUGAAGACUCAGCAUGCUGUGACUUCCAGUGGAUCUGAAGUCAACAAUGAAGACAAGAUUCUUUCCUCGGACUCGGAAAAACUAAGAAGAAAGAAAUUUGAUGCUAUUCUGAAACUCCAGCAAGAGAAGGGUGGCUUAAUUGAAAUAAAAAAGCAUGAAGUGUUGCGGCCAGGUAUUUAUCUUCCACAACCUGCUGCAUUACCCUCAACUGCACCCACCGAAGAGGCAAAUGAGCAAAAAGACAGAGAUCUGGCAGCCAACCCCAGACCAAAUUCUAGUGCUUCCUCAAACAAACCUAGUACCAGUAGAGCGAGAAACUCCGGCACAAAGAAAAGCAGGGGACACAGUUCAAGAAAACAAGCGACUCAGUGGGUUAAGAAAGAAAAUAGUAAUACAGCAUGAUAUGAAAUCUGUAUUAUUUUAUAAGAACAGCUGAAAGGAAAGAAAAGUAUCAUUUUUUGUGAUUGUUUAACGAUUUGUUUACAUGGUCAAUUAACAUAUCAAUAUCAAGAAGGGUUAAGUUGUGGUAUAAUUUGGGAAAUCAAGGAAGUUGGCAGAUAGGUUGGUGCCAUCUACUCUUUAUUGUGCUGACAGUGUCGCGAUUUGUCUCACUAGGUAUUUUCUUCGA